AGUGCUGUGCUUCUGUCUUGGCAGCUCAACUCACCCAUGAACCCCGUCAGCAGCUCAGAGGAUAUUAAGCCACCCCUGGGGCUCAAUGGAGUCCUCAAAGUGCCAGCACAUCCCUCAGGAACGAUGGCCUCCUUCACCAAGCACAUAUGUGCCAUCUGCGGGGACAGAUCUUCAGGUAAACAUUACGGGGUUUACAGCUGCGAGGGCUGCAAAGGCUUCUUCAAGCGCACGGUGCGGAAAGACCUCACCUACACCUGCCGCGACAACAAGGACUGCUUGAUCGACAAGCGUCAGCGCAACCGCUGCCAGUACUGCCGCUAUCAGAAGUGUCUUGCCAUGGGGAUGAAGCGAGAAGCCGUCCAGGAGGAGAGGCAGCGGGGGAAGGACCGCAACGAGAAUGAGGUGGAGUCAACAAGUAGCGCCAACGAGGACAUGCCUGUGGAAAAGAUCUUGGAAGCUGAACUUGCGGUGGAGCCAAAGACAGAGACGUACAUUGAAGCAAAUAUGGGCUUGACGCCAAGCUCGCCCAAUGACCCGGUGACGAACAUAUGCCAGGCGGCAGACAAACAGCUCUUCACCCUGGUGGAGUGGGCCAAGAGGAUCCCCCACUUCUCCGAGCUGCCCCUGGACGACCAGGUCAUCUUGCUCAGAGCAGGAUGGAACGAGCUCCUAAUCGCCUCCUUCUCCCACCGCUCCAUAGCUGUGAAAGAUGGGAUUCUCUUAGCCACUGGGCUCCACGUGCACCGGAACAGCGCGCACAGCGCUGGCGUCGGGGCCAUCUUCGACAGAGUACUGACAGAACUCGUGUCAAAAAUGCGAGACAUGCAGAUGGACAAGACAGAGCUGGGCUGCCUGCGAGCCAUUGUCCUCUUCAACCCCGACUCGAAAGGUCUCUCCAACCCAGCUGAAGUGGAGGCGUUACGAGAGAAGGUAUACGCGUCGCUAGAGGCGUACUGCAAACACAAAUACCCCGACCAGCCCGGGAGGUUCGCAAAGCUCUUGCUCCGUCUCCCAGCCCUGCGGUCCAUCGGCCUGAAAUGCCUGGAGCACCUCUUCUUCUUCAAGCUAAUAGGCGACACGCCGAUCGACACCUUCCUGAUGGAAAUGCUGGAAGCGCCCCAUCAAAUGACUUAAAGAACUGUUGCUG